AGUUUUUUUAUAAUCUUCAGCAGAGGAAAAAGGACGUGAGUGAGAGUGAGAGCGACAUUCGAGAAUCUUAGACAUCUUAAAUCUCAAAAUAACUAAAAAGGAAAAAGAAAAAUACAGAAAAGGAGGAAACAACAAAUUCUGUUUAAUUUUGUAAACAAGUGUCAAGUGUGCAGAAGUUGAUGUCCAUCCAUACCAUGUCCAUCCCUGUGGACUUCCUGUCUGAGGAGCAGUUCUCCUGCUCUAUUUGCCUGGACAUCUUCACCAACCCCGUCUCCACACCAUGUGGCCACAGCUUCUGCCUGUCCUGCAUCACAUCGUACUGGGACAGCCGGAGCAAAGCCUGCUUCUGUCCCCUGUGCAAGGAGAACUUCCGCAAGCGUCCAGAGCUCCACAUCAACCACACGCUCAAGGAGAUCACGGAGCAGUUCAAGCGCAUGACUGAGACCUCUGGAAGCCACACGAUCUCCCCCGAUGCCCAAGGUACUAACUCUCAAUCUCCUCGAAUUAUAGACAGAAAGAUCAGCGGGUCGCCUCGGCCUGGAGAGCUGCCCGGAGGACUGCUGAAGGAAAUGAAGAGCCGCUUCCAAAGGACAUCGUCCAGCGGGAAUUUACUGGAAGCUUCUGCGCCAUCUUCUUCACCGCCUCCAUAUGAAGCCAGCAGGAGGAGGUUCAGCGCCAGCGGGUUCGGACCAGCGACCUCAAACGGACCUCAGUGUAGCAAGCAUGCACUUACAUUGGAUAUGUUCUGCAGGAGUGAUCAGAUAUGUGUGUGUGCGAUGUGUGGUGAAGGAGACCAUCAUGGCCACGUGCUGGUGCCAGCUCGGCGGGAGAUGAUCGUGAAGAAGUCUCAGUUGGGGAUCAUGGAGAUCGAGGUGCAGAGUUUAAUCACAGCCAGAGAGAAGAAGAUUGAAGAAAUUCAAAUGUCUCUUUCUGAUAUUCAAGCCAACGCACAGCAAGAGGUGGAGGUUAUAGCCAGCAUGUUCCGUGCCUUGAUCAGUUCCCUGGAGAGAUCUCAGGCCGAGGUGUUGGGGAUGGUGGAAAUGGGCCGUGCUGCUGCCGAGCUUCGCUCACAGGCUUUCAUCCGGGACCUUCAGCUAGAGCUCACAGAGCUGAGGAAGAGGAGCAGCGCACUGUCUGUGCUCUCUCAGUCCACUGACCACUUCAGCUUCUUCAAGACAUAUACAUCUCUCUCCACUGGUCCUCCAAUGAAGACCUGGACUGAAGUGACUAUGACCCCUGACCCCACGGCUGGAGUCGUCCUUAAAAACGUCACUCAAAUGGUGGAGAAAGUGGAGGAAGAGCUAAGGAAGCUGCCGCAGAGCUGUUUACAUUCAGCGAUAGAAUCACCUGUAAAACCACAACCACGUCAGUCGAAGUUACAGGAUUACACAUUGGACGUUACUCUGGAUCGAGAUUCCGCCCACCCGAGACUGGUGAUCUCUGAGGACUGUAAGCAGGUGUACUGCAGUGACCGCUAUCGCACCAUGAUGGACACACCCGAGAGGUUCGACCGUGUGGUCUGUGUGCUCGGCUGCCAGGGAUUCAGCUCGGGUCGUCGUUACUGGGAGGUCCACGUGGGUGAGAAGACGGACUGGGAUGUGGGCGUGGUCAAUCGUUCGAGUAACCGCAAGGGGAAGAUCUCGGUCAGUCCGGCUAACGGUUACUGGCUCUUAAGUCUGCGAGAAAACCAUGAAUACGCCUUCCGGUCCAACCCAAUGAUGCCCAUUUACCUUAACCCCAGACCUCAGAGGAUCGGGAUUUACAUUGACUAUGAAAAAGGACAAGUGUCUUUUUAUAAUGCUGACACCAUGGCUGUUAUCUUCUCUAAUGUCUACUUCUUUACUGAAACCUUAUAUCCAUGCUUCAGUCCCUGCACUAACAAAUCCGGUAAAAACAGCGCUCCUCUGAUCAUUUGUUCCAUUUAGAAUCCGGUCAAUAGCAUCAGUGAUACUGAGAUGAGUGUCGAGUGGAAUUGAAAUGAAAUGUAUUCACUAGCUACAUUAGCUAAGACAGAGUAAGGCUGCAGUUCUAUUGUACAUCAGGAGAUGUUUCUGUCUAUCUCUGUGUUUUUAUACGUUAUAUAUAUUGAUAUAUAUAUCGUCGCUGUCGGGCGGAAACCUCGUAUUUCCAAAUGUUGUCAAUUUCAUAUUUUUUCACAUAUCGAUGCUAUUGGUCAGUCCCCACAUGGGUCUGAUAUUUUUACAAGUUAUUAACAAAUCUAAAGUCUUGAAAAUAGCUUGAGCGCAAAUCUCUUAACUCCAUUGGACACUUCAACUUUCCACCUCUUCCUCACUCCGCGGGAGAGCUUCAUGGCAUAUUUCUCCUCAAGAAGAGUCGCAACGAAUCAACACGUCUUCUGAGGUAAAUGUCUUCAAAACACUGGGCUCAAAGAAAAAAAAAUCUUGACCCCCGCUAGUUCUGGUGCUCAUCUGAGGACAGGAAUUUAGCGCAAGACAAUCCACUGCAAAGCGGACUAAACCCUGUGCACUGCAGAUAAGGUACGGUGUUUUUUUAAUUUCCUGAAAAAUAACGGUUUUGGAGAUACGAGGAUUCCGCCCGACAGCGACGAUAUAUCUAUCUCUCUAUCUAUCUAUCUAU